GCAUCCCGCACGAGAGCCAACGACAUGCACCGCGGGUCGUCUUCGCUCGAUGCAGACCGCCCCACGACUGAGUACAAGUCCCAGCAAUCCGAUCAGGGCACCAAAGUCGAUAUGGUCGACGUUGCUGUUGCCCCGCCCGAGGUUCCUUCUUCCUCCAUGUCGACCAAAAAGAAGUGGCUCAUUGGUGGCGCCGUCGCCGUCGUUCUCUUAGCAGGCGCGGGGGCUGCAACGGCGAUUGUUUUGGUCCAGAAGAACAACAAUUCGUCCUCAACAUCAUCUUCGUCGAACGCCAAGGGCCCAUUGACCACCGCGGCACCGACGAUUCCCCCCGUGAACGACGGGGAUCUCCUCGGCCCAUCGGGCUCUGUAACCAACUCGACGUCGAACGAAGCAGUCGUCCCGUCGAAUCCGAAGUCCGACCCCGAGUCCGCGCCGACCGCGUUGACAAUGCUCGCAAUUGGCGACUGGGGCAGUACGACCGGCAAAGAAUUUGGCGUACCGGGGUCAUGCUGCAAGCUGUACAAGCCCAGCAACAAGCUGGACACGAGCAAGGAUCGGUACAAGGUCGACUUUUGGUCGCAGCGGUAUGUCGCGGCGCUCAUGGCGCUCUCGGCCGAGCAGCUCAAACCCGUCCGCAUCAUUGGCCAUGGCGACAACGUGUACUGGAAUGGCGUCGGGUCGCUGGACUGGCGCUACCGCUUUGAAGAAACGUUCGAGAAGGUGUACAGCGCGCCGUCUUUACAAGGCAUCAAGUGGGUCAAUGUAGCCGGGAAUCACGACAUUGGCGGGUCCAUGUUCAUCUGCGGCGAGCAGGACAACAUGUUUGUCGAAUGCGGCAGCACGGCCGAGAUGCUCAAGUACCUCAACGAGCGAUUUGACCUCCAGGCGCAGUACAAGAGCGCCAACCAGGAUCGUUGGCUCAUGAAGGACCACUACUACGUCGAAAGCGUGACCAAGGAUGGCGUCACCGUCGACAUUUUCAACUUGGACACCAACUACGCCGACAGCCAUGGCGCGCGCCAGGUGUGCUGCCAGUGCUAUGGGUACUCGCAAAAGUAUGGCUACGACAGCUCGAAAUGCAACGAUGUGGUGCCUGGAGACCCCGCGUGCGCCGGCGGCAGCGCUGACAUGUACAACGCGUGCAUGGACCAAAUCGAUGCGUGGGCCGUCGACUCGUACAUGCAGGCGGCGCGCGACAUGAAGGCAUCGACGGCGACGUUUAAGAUCAUCAACACGCACUACUCGCCGCAUUUUCACAUGACCCCCGACAAGAUGAAAAAGUGGUACAAGCUCACCAAGGACGCGAACGUGGCGAUUUGGUUCAACGGGCACACGCACGGAUUCAACCACGACAUUGCGAACUGGGGAACACAUUUCAUCGAAAACGGCGGUGGCGGUGGCAUCGUGACCGAGUCGUCGACGGGUGCCCAGAACGAAUUCUUGAAAAGCCAGUGGGUCGCUGCGGGCAACCCGUACGGGUACAUGGAGCUCACGUUCUCCAAGGACUGGCUCAAAGUGCAGUUUGCCUCGUUCGACACCAAGUGGCAAUUUGGCGGGCUCAAUUUUGCCGACACGGUCCAAGGGGGCAUUCGACGAGGUCACUGCUGGCACAUCCCCAGCGCCAACUACACCGCACUCGGUGCGCUCGGCGUCCCGUGCAAAGACUCGGAUGACGGCGUCGUCGGAGCCCCCAUCGUGUAAGCCGCGUGUGCAUGCAUGCGACUCUUGUGUAUAUAUCUUUCUCGAAUUACGUCGUCGUCGUCUACAUGCUAUUUGAAGGCAGGGUACACAUGAUCAUUCCUUGAUCCUGAACGGUAGUCACGUUCUUGAGGGCGCUGGCAGCUUGCAGAGUAGAUCUCCCUGUGAGGGUAGAGCAGAGC